GGUAGUGCAUGUUUGCUGGUCAUGGCAUAUAGAUCUCUUCUGACGGUAAUAACAGUAUUGUGGUACAGCCGGGGUUCUCUGGCAGAACCGGAAGUCAUCACCAGGACAGGGGUGAUUUCGGGGACCUCGAUAAUCACUCGACGAGGAAGAGGUGUUUUCGCCUUUCGAGGAAUACCGUACGCCAAAGCACCAAUUGGGGCCCUCAGGUUCCGGAGUCCAGAACCUGCUGAACCUUGGGAUGGGAUAUUCCGUGCGAAUGAGGAUCCGGUCCCCUGUCCUCAGGUCAGCGAUGAUGGGGAUAUCAUUGGGAAUGAGGAUUGCCUCAAGCUCAGUGUCUACACGCCGAGGAUAGAUCUAGCGGAUCUUCUUCCCGUAAUGGUAUUCAUUCACGGCGGGGCUUUCGUCCGCGGUGAUAUAUCUUCGAGUUCCUUAGCUCCUGAUUUCCUCCUUGAUCACGAUAUCAUACUGGUGGCAAUGCAAUAUCGCCUCACUGCUCUUGGGUUUAUCAGCACAGGUGAUGAAGUGGCGCCAGGGAAUUUCGGAUUAAAGGAUCAACUGCUCGCACUGCGAUGGGUCCAAGAGAACAUCGAGAACUUUGGCGGUGAUCCAGGGAGAGUCACACUGUUCGGCCAAAGUGCAGGAAGUGUCAGCGUGAAUUUGCAUGUCCUAUCCAGCCAAUCCAGAGGAUUGUUCCACCAAUUUAUUGGGCAGAGUGGAAGUGCGUUAUGUCCAUGGGCGUUCGAAGACUCGACGACGUACAAGGACUAUUCAUUUUCCCUCGGGAGAAAUCUGGGGUGUCCCACAACCACCUCGAAAGAGCUCAUCGAUUGCUUGCGAAAUGUUGACGUUGGAAUGUUGAUCAAUGAUUACAAUGGAUUUGAUGAUUUUCGAAAGGAAACCGCCAUUACGUGGAUACCAACCCGGGAACCUCCUGGAAAUGACGCAUUCCUCACCGAUCUUCCAAUUAAUCUCAUCUUGGACGGCAAUCUUGCGGAUUUACCUAAUAUCAGCGGAGUUGUCAAAAAUGAGGGACUCAUUGUCACGCUAAUGUUAUACGCAAACUCCACUUUGUACGACUACUUCCUUGGUGAUGUAGAGUCUCUUAUGACUCGCCUAUCAUCAUCCUUUCUGAUUGAUAGCAGAGCAUCAAGACUGGCCGCCGACGUGAAGAACUUUUACAUCAGCGGUAUCGACGAAAAGAAUAAAACACAAAUACUGUCAGCUAUAACCGAUAUCAUCAGCGAUUCGUUAUUUCUCUUCCCGCAAAUUCUCCAGUUACAAUUGGCCACGAAGAAAUUAACAAGUCCCCAUUAUUACUAUAGCUUCGAGUAUCGUGGAACCUUCAGCAAGACCGCUAUUAUUUUGAAAAACAAUGAAAACAUCGGGGUAACACAUGCAGAUGAACUUAUUUACAUUUUUCCGGUUAAUUACACCAUUUUUGGGGUGGAGGAAGACAGUUUGAGUGAGGAAGAUCACAAGAUGAUCGAUAUCAUCACUGAAUUGUGGACUUCCUUCGCCAUUAACGGGGUGCCCACGACGAGUUACGCAGAGAGGUCGGACUUGUGGGAGACUUAUAAUGACGAGACAAAUGCACAUUUGGUAAUUGGAUCCGGACCUCAGGCGAGGGUAGACCUGCUUCACCAUUUUCUGGAACCUCGUAUGCACUUCUGGGCGAUGGAGAUCCUCAAAUUACUACUCUUUAACGGGCGAUAAUUCAGCGGAUUUAGGUUUUAAUUUAUUUCGCGAAGUGGUCGAACGAGAUCAGUCGCAAUGCGCAUUUUUCAUAAUUAUCAAUUUAUCUUGAAAAUGACCUAUUUAAAAUGUCCGUUAAAAAGGUUAAUUGUCUUGGCGAUCAUGUUCAGCAAAACUGUAAAAUUCGGGUUAUCAAAUUGAUUUGAAUCGUAUACUUUCCCCGUAAAACCUUCCGCAUUCUUCGAGGGCAUACGGGAUUUUUAUCUUUCGCCGUGAUAAUUUAUUUCUGAAAAUUGAGGGCUCGUAUUUUUCUGUUUACAAUUUCCAGUUUUGAUAGGUCGGGUCGCGAGCAAUGGCUUUCCCUAGCGAGUGGAAAGGUAAAAGUUUACGCCCGGAGAUCAUCAAUUUCACCUGUUUCGUAAUUUUGUAAUUUUCAAAACAUAGAUGGAAUUUGAAGGAGUCGACGAGAACACGAGAAUUUAACCGAAACAGAUCUUUAAGAAUAGCAUAUUUCCAGAUUGUUCGAAUGGGAUUUUUUACUCCUAUGGAGUUGGCGUUAGAGCAGCUGGCGAGAACUGGUCAACCACACGAGCGAAAAAAUCCCAUCAAAAAAGUCCGGAUAAUAUUUUUCCGUAGCGAUUUUCAAGUUUUCGAGUUUGGGAAGUAGUACCCAUUCCCAGAUGAGAAAUCGUGAAAAACUGCAAGGAAAAUUAUAUCGUCCCACCUUCAAAUCACGGCACUAAUGUUUUUCAUCUAAGAAUAUCUUUUACUAAGAAUUUUCUGUUCGUAAAUUACUCAAUAAAGGUUGAUACUGAA